AGGCAUCAGGUGAUUUCAUGAAUUAGCAGAAAAAAUAUGUCAUUCAACUUAAAAUCUAAACGCACGACAAGUAACAAAUAAUUUCGAACGCACUCAAUUAAUUAAAUAUGCUUGUUAAUUGUUCAAUGGUUUUUAUUUUGUUGAGUCUUAUUUUAGUUGCAGAAGCAAAACCGGGAUUAGUGGACUUGAUAUUCAAAAAAUGUAAUACGGAUUCCGAUUGUGCCCAAGACGAAUGUUGUUCUACCUUACUUUUUAAUGGUAAAAGAUGCAGAUCGUUUAUUAGCGAAGGUACCAUCUGUCAAACAUUUAGCGAGGAUGUGUUAAAACGCUAUCAUAGUCGUUGUCCUUGUGAAUCUGGAACUCAUUGCUCAAGUGCGCAAUCUAUUUUGGGACUCUACAAAGUUUAUAAAUGUACGAAACUAAACUCUUAAAAAGUGUAAAUUACAAACUAUGAAUUGAUUCAUUGAUUUUCAUUUUUGAAUAAAAGUAUGUUUUUGUGA